CACUUUUCCCAAUGAAAAGCAAAUGGAUUUAGCAGUUUUAUCCCGAUGCGGGUGUCCUUCCUCUCUGUAAAGUCGUAAGUACCUUGAGGUGGGAGGAGUAAAUACAGCCUGACACUGAGAGCGCUUUUGUUGAAACAGGAGAGACUUGCGGUGUCCCUACUUAAAUAUGACACAUGACGAUGGACAGGCCGCCCGCCCCGCCGCCCCCCAGUGACCCCCGCGAUGCCCGCCCCGCCCGGCGGCACGACUCGGAAGCGGAGACCACGAGCGAGCCGGAGAGCAGCCGCGGGGGCAUGGAGGCGCCGGCGGACCCCCAGCUGCUGCUCAACGGGGCGGCCAAGGAGGCGGGCCGGCCCUCCCCCGGGCCCCCCGCCGCCCCUGUGCCCGUCAUCGAGCUGGUGCGCCGGGGGGGCUCCCUGGACAUAAAAAGCCGUGAGGCGGCGGGAGAGGCGAUGCAGAGAGCUCCGGGAGCCGAGCCGUGCCGCGCCGCCGAGGCCGCCUGCGAGGCCCGCAUGGUGCAGCUGAGUCCCCCCGCGCUCCCGCUGCAGCCCCCCGGCAGGGCCAUGCUCUACAACCUGGGCCAGCCGCUGGCCACCAUCAACAGCGGGUUUUUCGGCGAACCGGACUCCUUCUCCAUGUACGGCAGCAACCGGGUGAAGCGGAGACCCUCUCCAUACGAGAUGGAGAUCACCGACGGUCCCCACACGAAAGUUGUCCGCCGCAUUUUCACCAACAGCCGGGAGAGAUGGAGGCAGCAGAACGUCAACGGGGCCUUCGCAGAGCUGCGCAAGCUCAUCCCCACCCACCCGCCCGACAAAAAACUCAGCAAGAACGAGAUUUUGCGCCUGGCUAUGAAAUACAUCAACUUCCUGGCCAAGCUGCUCAACGACCAGGAGGAAGAAGGAAACCAAAGGGGCAAAGUGAACAAAGACUCGGGGAUAGUCCAGGAAGAYCUCCUGCAGGACAUGUUGUCUCCCAACUCUAGCUGUGGAAGCUCUUUGGACGGGGCGGCGAGCCCGGACAGCUUCACGGAAGAGCACGAGGCGCUGGAUUCGAAGCACACGCGGAACCUGCACCACGCCAUCCUCCCCGUGGAAGGCAGCGCGCAGCGGUGAUGAUCCUCACGCUGCUCCCCAAAAACCACGGAGGAGAGGCCAGGCCUGGCCGUGCAGCUGCUGGAACUUGUGCUUUGUGGGGUUUGUGACUCUGCCUUUCCCUGGGAGCUCGGGCGGAGUGCUGGAGCGUUGGCUGAGGACAGGACCAACCCAGACGGACGUUGGGGUUUAGGUACGCGACCGUACAAAGAAGAAAAGCGUUGAAGUCAUCUUCGUUGUACAGAACUGCUCGGGAUGGGACUCUGUGGAGGGUGAGGAGACGUGGCCGGUGCCUCUCCAGCCUUUAGAGGGUUUUCAGACCUCUUGAUGGCCGUCUCUUUUCAAACAGUCAUCUGGGUGAGACACGGAACUCCUCCAUCCCUGCUGGUGGAGGCCACCGGCGCUUUCUGGCUCCACGUGGUGCUGGAAACUGCUGCAUCACGCCAGAGCUGCAGCRAUUGGAGCUCUAAAAGGAGCUUGGCUACAUGUUCCUGUUGUCCGAGAGCUUUUGACUGUAUCUUUUUAAAGAAGUGAAAAAACACCCUCAGCAAAAGAACUAUUAAAAGGAUUUAGACUAUUUCUUUUUCUCUCCUUUUUUCUUUUUUCUUUUUUUUUUUUUUUCUCCCCUCCCUUUCUUCCUUUCCCUUCUAUCUAUUUUUGGAUUGUUUGGGGUUAUUGUAUUUAUGACGUGGGAUUACUUCUGUUUAACACUGUCAUGCAGUAUCCACUGAAUGAAAAGGUACAUAAGUGUUUUCUGCCACCCUCCCAGUCCCUGAUUCUUCUGCUGGUAACACUCAGCAGCUGCGUUCCAAGCCUGUUGUGGUCUCCUAGAUCUUUUUCUGUGAUUUCUUUAGGGCCAGAGCUUCUCUCAAGAAAGAUGAAUUUCAGAGUUGGUAAGGGAAAAAAAAAAUAUUUGCUAGUGAAGUAUGUCCUUGGACUGGGGGAUUUUUAAAUUCAAAAAAGCAAAAA